UUAAAGAUGGCUGACGUAACUCAUAAUUACUUGUGUACAUUUAUGUCAAAGCUGUCAAAUAAAUUUUUAAAAAUUCAUUAAUUUUGAGAUAAUUGUAAUAAUUUUUAAAAUUACUAAACAAUUUAUAGGUGCAGAAGACAAGUAAAAAUGUCAAGACCUUAUGAAGGGAUACGUUAUACUUCAGAAAAACAAGUUGUAGUACUUGACAUUGGUUCUGCAUACACAAAGUUUGGAUAUGCUGGAGAAGGAACACCACGAGGCAUCGUAAGGACAGAAGUUAAAUGUCCUGAGACGAAACAGAUGCGAAAAAUUUAUAAUUAUAAUGAUACUGAGGAUUUAUAUCAGUUGCUGGUUGAAUUUUUUCAUGUUAUAUUUUUUAGACAUGUUGUGAUAACACCAAAAGAUGUUAAGGUAUUAAUCCUGGAAUCAUUACUUACACCUUCUAAAUUCCGUGAUACGAUGGCUAAAGUAUUGUUCAGGCAUUAUGAAAUUGGUUCACUGAUGCUUUUACCAACACAUUUAGUGACAAUUAGCACCCUGGGAUGGGAUACUGCACUUGUAUUAGACGUAGGGUAUCAAGAAGCAACUUUGAUUCCUAUUUAUAAAGGUGUUCCUGUUCUUAAAGCAUGGCAAAGUCUGCCACUGGCUGCUGAAGCUAUUCAUGAGCGUAUUAAAAAUGACAUGAAAGAAGCAAUUCCGGAUGUAGAACUCACGGAACAAAUAAUUGAAGAUAUUAAAGUCAGAACUUGUUUUGUAACAACUCUGGAACGUGCUAAAAAAUUGGGUGCUGACGACGCUCCAGCACCUCCACCGGCGGUUAAAUAUCCAGGGAUAAAGACUAUUGAAAUUCCUGGAUACGUUAGAGAAAGAUCUUAUGAAUUAUUAUGGGAACGGGAUGCUGAUAAUUUGAGUAUAUCUACAAUGAUAUUAGAUGCUAUACUAAAGUGCUCUAUUGUAACUCGUCACGAGCUUGCUGAAAAUAUUCUUUUGAUUGGCGGAACGACAAUGGCCAAAGGAUUUGCUGCUCGCCUUAAAUCAGAGCUGAUGUCACUGGUAGCAAGUGAUUUAUAUUCAGACAAACUAAAAAUACGUAAUUUUAAAUUUCAUACUGCUCCAUGUAAACCUAAUUACACAGCUUGGUUGGGCGGUGCUAUUUUUGGUAUCGCUGAUUUACCAUCUAGAUGUAUUACCAAAGAUACUUAUUUGAAAACCAAUAGAAUUCCUGACUGGGUUAAUUUGAUUGAUAAUCAGAAAGAAGUAGGAUCUAAUUACGGUGUAUAAAAUUUAAUUAAAAUUAAUCUUGUUUUUGUAUCAAUAAAAUUAUUAUUUAUAAAUCAUAAAU